ACGGCAACUCUAAAAUUUAACCUUCAAAAAAUAUUAAGAUUAGAGAUGAGUGAAUUGGACCAUAACAUUGAGUUAUUAAAGGACUGUAAGCUGAUAACAGAGUCUCAGAUUCAGGUUUUAUGUUAUAAGGCAAGAGAGAUUUUAGUAGAAGAGGCAAAUGUUCAAUGGAUAGAUACACCAGUAACAAUAUGUGGGGAUAUUCAUGGACAAUUCCAUGAUCUUAUGGAGCUAUUUAAAGUUGGAGGGAUGUGCCCAGAUACUAAUUAUAUAUUUAUGGGUAAAUGAUGAAAUAAUAUAUAUAUAUAUAAGUCUAUACCUACAUUUGAAAGGGGAUUUUGUGGACAGAGGGUUUAAUUCGAUAGAGACGUUUUUAUUAUUGUUAUCAUUUAAGGUUAGAUAUCCAGACCGUAUUACAUUAAUUCGAGGGAAUCAUGAGUCUCGACAAAUUACACAAGUAUAUGGGUUUUAUGAUGAAUGUAUACGUAAAUAUGGGAAUGCUAAUGUUUGGCGUUAUUGUACGGAAGUAUUUGAUUAUUUAUCAUUAGCAGCUAUAGUUGAUGGCAAAAUUUUUUGUGUUCAUGGAGGGUUAAGUCCUACUAUAACAGCAAUAGAUCAGAUUAGGUUGAUUGAUAGAAAACAAGAAGUUCCUCAUGAGGGGCCUAUGUGUGAUCUUCUUUGGUCAGAUCCAGAAGAUAUAUAUGGAUGGGCAUUUUCUCCAAGGGGAGCAGGUUUUCUUUUUGGUGCAGAUGUAGUAAAAUCCUUUUGUAGGGUUAAUCAGAUUGAAAUGAUUGCAAGAGCUCAUCAACUUGUUAUGGAAGGUUAUAAGAUUAUGUUUGAUGGACCACUACAAAAAUUAUCUUUAUGUGAUGAAAAUAAUAAAAAUGAUGAAAAUCAUAAAAACGAUGAAAAUCAUAAUAUGGAAAAUACUAAUUUAGAAAAUUAUAAUAUGGAAAAUGGAUUAAACAUAGUUUCAUCUACAUCAGAAUGCAUAUUAAUUACCGAUGAUCUAAUUGAAUGUGAAGGAUCUAUAGUUACGAUAUGGUCGGCACCUAAUUAUUGUUAUAGAUGUGGAAAUGUUGCUGCUAUUUUAGAACUUGAUGAAAAUCUUGAAAAAUCUUAUAAAAUUUUUGAGGCAGCCAAACAUGAUCCAAGCGUUAUGCCACCUACCAAAAAACCUGUUGUAGAAUAUUUUUUGUAAUUUAACGAUAGAUAUAUAUCUAUGGGGAGAAUACUUUUGAAUCAC